AUGGUUCAAUGGAGAAAGCUCUUCGGUUUGGAUGGAAGCGCAGAUCAACAUCUUUGGCGCGAUGAAGCUCGUCGUCUUCUUCCCUCCUACCGCGAAGAUGAACUGUCCAGCGCCAUUCCUCCUCUCGAAGUAACUAAAACUGCUCUUCGUCUUCGUUACCUCAUUGAAGAAGCUGUACCAUGCGAACUCGAAGAAGCAAAUGUCGUAUGCGCACAUUCGAAAAUCAUAACUAGGAAGGUUAUUGCAGCCGCAAAGGAGGCAGGAGGAAAGGAUUAUGGUGCUUGUGUAGUAUAUGCACUGUUGGUUUGUAAGAGAUGGUUCAAGAAACAGGCUAUGUUGGAACUUUGGGAUGCGGAUUUACACAAUGUGAGAGCGGUGGCUUGUGAGGUUAUUGCGAAACAAUUAAUCGAAACAGAAGAAGAUCAAGAGUAUCUUUUACAAAAUGUAUUGUUGAAAAGAUAUUCGGUAUUGGUCGAUGGAGAGCAAACUGCACCUGCGAAUGUUAUCGAAAGAGCAGUAGAUCUUCAUGCUUUACGUGUUACUGGUUCUUCGGGAUAUCAGAAAUGCGUCAAUUAUCUCUGGAGAGGAUGGCUCGUACAAGAUGAGAACGAUCCUUCUCAAUUCGUUGAUUAUAAGAAGAAGGACAAUACACAUUACUGGACUCAUGUUGAUCCAGAUCGCAUGCGCGCACCCGUUUAUCAAAAUGCUACUCAGAUCAUCUUUUCAUUGAUCUAUUUGGCUUUGUAUACAGGUGCUAUCAAUACAGUCAAUCCAAGUGGAGAUUUGGAUAUUGUAGAAAUUAUCCUUUACAUUUUCACAGCUGGUUUCAUAUGCGAUGAGGCCAGCAAGUUUUGGAAGGUUGGAAGAUAUUAUAUUGGAUUCUGGAAUGUCUUCAAUGUAAUCCUUUAUGCCCUCCUAACGACAAGUUUGAUUACGAGAAUUAUUGCUCUUGGUCACCCACUGCAAGAUGAUGAUGGAAAAAGAGGAAAGUUCAAUGAGCUUAGUUAUAACUUCUUAGCUUUCUCUGCACCAAUGUUCUGGAUGAGAUUAUUACUCUACCUCGAUUCCAUUCGCUUUUUCGGAGCUAUGCUUGUCGUUAUCAAAGUAAUGAUGAAAGAAUCCCUCAUUUUCUUCGCCCUUUUAUUUGUCAUCAUCAUUGGUUUCUUACAAGCGUUCAUUGGUAUGGACAUGGCCGAUUCUAAUGUCGACUCUGCUACAUUCAUCCUUCAAGCAAUGGCCAACGCUGUCAUGCAAUCACCAGAUUUCUCCGGUUUUGACAACUUCGCUCCACCUUUUGGAAUUAUCCUUUAUUAUAUCUUCACAUUUCUCAUUAUGGUAGUCCUUCUCAAUAUCCUCAUUGCACUUUACAACUCUGCUUAUGAGGAUAUUACGGAUAAUGCCAUUGAUGAAUAUAUGGCACUCUUCUCUCAGAAGACCAUGCAAUUUGUCAGAGCCCCAGAUGAGAAUGUUUUUAUCGCACCAACUAAUCUUAUCGAAAUCUUCUUCCUCAUUCUUCCUUGCGAAUGGUGGAUGCCAAGAAAACAAUACGCUAAACUUAACGAUUAUGUUAUGGCAGUGAUCUAUUCACCAUUGCUCUUAAUAGCAGCUUGGUUUGAACAGAGAAGUGCGAUAAGAGUCAAGGGAAAUAGACAAAGAGGUGAUGACGAUGAUGAUACAGUGGAGGAGUGGGAACAAUUGAAUGGGGAAGUGGAUUUCGAAGGAGAGGGCUGGGAAAAGAGAGUCAAGGGCGUUGUACCAAAUGUGGAGAGUGAUGAGGCGACUUGUGAAGUAAGAGAGUUGAGGAAGGAAGUUGGAGAACUCAAGGAGUUGCUAUUGAAGUUGGUGGGGGAGAAAGAGGGUGGAAGCGAUAAAGGAAAGGGCAAGAAGAAGUAG